CUGACACACGCUUGCUUUCUAUUAUUAACAAUCCUGGGUUCGUUAGCUGAUAUAUUUCCUCAACUUACCAAUAUUCUCUUAAAGAGAGCGUUCUCCUUCGGCGGCAGAGUUACCGAGGGCAUGCUUCUUCUUCUUCGUCAGCCAUUCUAGGAGCCAGGGAAAAUAAUCGAGCAAGGUUCGCGUUUUGAUUGGGAGAGAAACGCUGUCAAAAUGCCUCUUGGUCGGUUAUUUUUGAGGACUUCAGCUGUCAAUAAGAUGGUUAGCAGAAAUUUCAUAAUAGCUUCCAAACCGGAUCCCUCCAAGCCAAACAUGCUGAGAGUAGGACUGGCGUUUGGAAGCACAGCUGUCUUGUGGGCAUUGCUGUUUAAACAGCACAGCACUGAUGUGCAUGAAUACAAAACAAGAAAUGGGUUAGAGUAAACCACCAGGCCAUGGCAGCAAUUGCUCUGUGCUUUGAAGAUAUUCUGCUUUUCCUGUGUGUGUGUUCAUCAGCUUGAUUACAAAAAUGUGUAUUAAAGAUGUGUAUAUAA